AUGUCAGGCCACUCGAAGAAACUUACGACGAAAGACUUCACGAAAUCUGCUGGCCAAGUACUCCGGGAUCUCCGCGACCUCCAAAAGACGGGCCAUACCCUCCCCGAUAUUAUUUACAACUACCGUGUGGAAGAUGGACGAGUUGUCAGAAAAAGAUAUCGUGAAGGAAGCCAAUCGGGCAGCGAUAGAGAGGAUUCGGAAGACGAAAGCAAACUUCACGCCAGCAAAGCAAAAGCCAAGGCCGAUCAGAAUACGGCCGCCGCUGCGAAAAUGGCUCCAGAUGCGGGUGUGAAGGUAUGGAGGAGAACCUCGAAAAGAUAUCAACCUGAAACGCCACGAAGCGAGAUGCAAACCGAUACGAUGCAGGGAAGAGAGCUUCAUGAUAUGACUGGCGUCGGAGUGGUGGGAGAACAAAGUGAGGGGGUCGUGGGUUCCAGUGCAACGAGAAAACCUGUGGGCAGCGCCAAGGCAAGACAAGAAAGGAGUGAAAACUGA